CUUCUUCUCCCUGGUUCUUCUCACCCAUCACACACACACACACACACACAGUGUCACUCCACAUUACAAUUAUUUAUAUAAGCUCUGCAAAAUGCAAAUUUACAAGUCCCCACUCCACUCUCCAACACAAAACCCCUUUUCCUAAUUUAUCAAUCUUCCUCACAAAAAGGAAAACAAAAACCAUUGUUUUUCCUUAACACGGAUUUUUCAUCCUCCCAAAUCAAAACCAACCUCCCUCAAAAAAUUUCUCACUCACUUCCCAUUUUUUCUUUUGCUUUUUUAAUUUAUUAUUAUUAUAAUAAUCAUUAUUAUUUUCAAUCUUUCUUUGGAGUGUUUAUUUUAUGAGCGCCGGCGACGAUGCCAACGCCGGUAGGAGUAGCGAGGCAAUGCUUAACAACGGAGGCGGGUCGAGCACUCGACGAGGCGGUGGCGGUAGCACGGCGGCGCGGCCACGCGCAGACAACGUCGCUCCACGCGGUGUCGGCGCUGCUAUCCCUACCAUCCUCGACGGUGCUCCGCGACGCGUGCUGCCGCGCGCGAAACUCAGCGUACUCUCCGCGUCUUCAGUUCAAGGCUCUCGACCUGUGCCUGUCGGUGUCGCUCGACCGCUCGCCGUCGUCGCACAACCACCACGUUUCCUCCGAUCAUGAACCGCCGGUGUCCAACUCGCUCAUGGCCGCCAUCAAACGCUCGCAGGCUAACCAGCGCCGCCACCCGGAUAGCUUCUUCUACCACAGCAACCACCAGGUGCAGCAGCAGCAGCAGCAACCGUUUUCCGUUUCUUCAGUCAAGGUCGAGCUUCAGCACUUGAUUCUGUCGAUCCUUGAUGACCCGGUUGUCAGCCGGGUCUUCGCGGAAGCGGGUUUCCGGAGCUCCGAGAUCAAGCUCGCCAUUCUCCGCCCUCUGCCGCAUCUCAUGAGGCCGCGCGGGCCGCCGGUUUUCCUCUGCGAGCGGCGGGGGUUCGGGUUUCCGUUUUUCUCAGGCUUCGGCGACGCCGGUGAGAAUUUCCGGCGAAUCGGUGAGGUGCUUGUACGGAGCAGGGGGAGGAAUCCUCUGCUUCUCGGCGCGUGCGGCGGCUAUGCUCUCCGGAGCUUUACGGAGGCGGUGGAGAGGAGAACGGACGGGGUGUUGCCGCUGGAGCUCACGGGGAUGCGCGUGGUUUGCAUUGGGAAGGAGGUGGAGAGUGGAGACGGCGAGGCCGUCGGUGCGAAGAUGAAGGAGAUCGCUGCUAUGGCGGAGGAGUGUGUGGGGCCCGGUGUGGCGGUGAAUUUUGGGGACUUAAAGGGUUUUGUGGGUGGUGAUUCUGAUGGGUGUGGUGGUUCUGGGGAAGAUGCUGUGAGGUUUGUUGUUGGGGAAUUGGCUAAGUUGUUGAAGGUUCACUGUGACAGGUUUUGGUUGCUGGGUGCUGCUGCUAGCUAUGAAAGCUACUUGAAAUUUCUGGGUAGGUUCCCUUCAAUAGAGAAAGACUGGGACUUGCAGUUUUUGCCUAUCACCUCUGUUAAGCCUUCUUCCAUGGCUGCUGAAUCAUAUCAAAGGCCCAGGUCAAGCUUAAUGGAUUCAUUUGUACCAUUUGGUGGCUUUUUUCCAUCAAAGUCUGAUUUGAAAAGUCCAUUAAAUGGCUCAUCUUGUUGUCUUCCUCAUUGUCAUCAAUAUGGUGAGAAGUGUGAACAUGAAGUCUUUUCUGCUUCCGUGGCUGAUCCCUACCAAUCUAGCUUACCUCCAUGGUUGCAGAUUACAGAAUUUGGCACAGCAAAGGGAUUGAAUGUCAAGACCAAAGAUGAUGGUGUUUUGCUGGAUAGUAGCGAAUCUGGACCACCACAGAAGAACUUGGACAAGACAUGCCGGCAGCUGCACCAGCGAAUUCCGGUGUCAAAUACCUGUCCAAUCGUCAUCGGGUUUCAUUGUACUGACAACAAAAAGGAAGAUGCUGAGAACUGCCGCAGCAAAAUUACAGACAAAUCACCUAGUGAACAUGUCAAUCUCAACUCCCAUGUACCUGUUGGUGUGAAAAUGAUGUGUGCAUCGCAAUCCAGCAGUUCUUUUCCUGUGAUUUUCAUGGCAAAACAGGCGAAAUAUACUUCAAAACUUCCAGAGAUGCUCCAGAAAGUGGAAGAUCUUGAGUCCGGUGACCUAAGAUCAUGCAACAUGUCCAGUUCAAGUGUGUCUGAUGGCAGUCAACUAUCUCCCACAUCUGUGACUUCAGUAACAACAGAUCUAGGCUUAGGGCCAUGCUCUUCUCCCACCAGCAAUAAAUCGAAGAAACUAACUUUUCAAUAUACAAUGGAGCCUCCAAAAGAAAUCCCAAAUCACAUAUCUUCAGAUUUCAAUUUGACUGAUGGGAGUAUUUGGAAGCAUCAAUCGCAGUCUACAUCCUGCUUAAGUUUCGACCAUUAUCGAGAAGUUGAUGCAAAAAAUCCCAAAACUCUUUUUGAAGCUCUUUCCAAGGAGGUAAGCUGGCAAAACGAAGCCUUGCGAGCUAUCAUCAAAACAAUAGUUUGCAGCCCAACAGAAAGGGUUAAACAUCAUGGAUCAAAUCAGCGCCGUGAUAUAUGGAUGAGUUUUGUCGGACCUGAUAGGCAUGGUAAAAAGAAAAUUGCUGUUUCUCUUGCUAAGAUAUUGUAUGGAAGCCGCGAGAGCUUCAUUUUUGUGGAUCUGGGCUCUGAAGAAAUGAAAGGAUGCAAUGUCAAAUUCAUAGGAAAGACUACCAUUGAUUUUAUUGUGAGGGAGUAUUGCCAGAAACCUUUGUCUGUGGUUUUCCUGGAAAAUGUUGACAAGGCGGAUAUGGUUGUUCAAAGUAGUUUGUCUCAAGCCAUCAGGACAGGAAAAAUCACAGAUUCUCAUGGACGAGAAGUGAGUGUAAACAAUGCAAUUUUUGUGUUUUCUUUCUCAGGUCACCAAGGUUGUUCCUUUCCAACAAGGGAAUCCUCCAACUAUUCUGAGGAAAGAAUACUCAGGGCAAAAGGGGGAGGUAUCAAGAUUAAAGUUGAAAAUGCGAUUGGGGACAUGAGAAGCCAAAGCAUCAGUGCAGCUAACUGUUCAAUAGAUGCCAUUCCUGAUCUAAAUUUCAUAAACAAACGAAAGUUGAUUGCCGACAAUGAAUUUUGCGAUCCAGAGACGCCUAAAAGGGCACAUACAACAUCAAAUUGGCUUCUAGAUUUGAAUCUUCCAGCUGAAGAGGAUGAACAUAAACAAUCAGAUGAUGGAAACUCUGAACUUGGCUCCACUGAGAACCAACACCUUUGGUUGCAAGGUUUGUACAAUCAGGUUGAUGAAACAAUUUCCUUUGAACCUUAUGAUUUUGACGCACUUGCGGAUAGAGUGUUUAAAGUGAUCAAAAUUAACUUCAACAAGAUUCUUGGAUCCGAGUUUAACUUAGAGAUCCAGGGAGAAGUCAUGGAGCAAUUGCUUGCAGCUGCAUAUCUCUCAGACAGGGAUAUGGAGGUGGAGAAUUGGGUGGAGCAAGUUCUCUGUGGAGGAUUCACAGAAGCACAGAGAAGAUAUAACCUCAAUGCUAGUUCUAUUGUGAAACUUGCUUCAUGUACAGCUCCAAGUGUGCACCUUCCUCCAAGGAUAAUUGUAGAAUGAGUCCCUACUUGAAACUGUCUUCUAUCUGGAUGUAUAAUUUAGCUGUAGCAUAUAGUGAAGCUAUUUUGGCCUUCAAUCCUAUGGUUUUGUUGGGUUUCUUUGUCUAGGUUGUAGUUGUGUAUAAUAUGUUAUCUGCAGCUAGUGCUGUGCGUGAUUAUCCUUGCAUAUUUAAAUCAAAGUGCUGUCUUCGUUUA